AUGGUCCCCCCUUUCCUCGUAAGCUUAUACGACAUCCUCAACAACGAAGACCCACGAAUCAUUGGGUGGUGCGAAGGUGGAGAUGCUUUCGGGGUUCACAACACCGACACCCUUGUGAAGCGCAUACUACCCCGGUACUUCCGCCACAACAAACUGGCUAGCUUCCAACGCCAACUCAACUACUUUGGCUUCAGAAAACGCCAAAAGAUCAACGACGCGGACAGCACCAGCUACUACUACUCGCCCCACUUUGUACGGCAAGAUCCUGCCCGCAUGACCAACAUCAAACGAAAAACUUAUCGCCCAAAGAACCACCGCGUGAUUCCAGUGUCGUCCAUGAGCUAUCAACCCCCCCACGGGUUUCUGCACGACAAAAGCAAGCGGUCAGUGGACAGCAUCAUGCCAAUUCCAUUUGAAGGCGGUCACCAGCAAGACUGGUCCUUAUCAAGCGAAGACUUGGCCUUGCUACUGGCUUUGGAAGCGACUUAG